UAAAACAUGGAGCAGAGUCAUUUUCAGCUCUUUCCAGUUAAUGACUGAUAAAGCAGGUUUUCUCUGUGUUUGUGUACAGAUUUGUGACAACUUUAAUUGUAUGGGUGAUUAUGAUGUCUCUUCAAUCUUGACACCACAUGAAGGCAUUACUUUUUACAACAUAAAUAAUCAUGCUAGUAAUAACUAAAUUUGUAGACUGUACAAUGUAAGCCAGACUGGUCCUCAGAAAACCUGUUCUUCAAGUCCAUGAAUUGGGAAGUGUUGAGAACCACCAACUUGGAAGACCAAGAAUGAGAUGAGGAUAAUAUUAAACUAGAUCUGAGGUAAAUGGAUGGAAAAUGUCAACUGGUUUGUCAUGGCUCAGAAUUAUGUCAAGUGACAGGCUUUGUAGUUGGUAGUAUUAAACCUUCUGACUGUGUUACUACAGUUAACUGGUUGGUAUAUUUAAUGACCCCUUAUUAACUGCAUAUUUUACAAAGUUUCAAAAUGGCAGGAUAAUUUUUAAUACCAAAUAAGAGUGUAGAAGCCCAUUUUAAAGUAAAAUUUAUCAUCUGAUUGGAGGAAAUGAGGAAAACCAUGAACAUGGCCUACCCAUCUCCUGUCAAAGAUUCAGACCUGGGGCCUCCUGAAUACAAUGGAUGCCUUCUAACCGUCACUGAGCUACAGCUGGUGAUGUGUAGAUAAGUAACUGAGUUGAUUGAAAGUGUACAGUGAGAAACUGAGUAUUUACCAGUGAAUUUAUGUGUAAAGUGUAAGGUAUAAAUUACCUGUUUGCCAUCAGAACAUGUAUAAAAUGUAAACAUAAAGGUAUACUUAUUUCACAAUACAGGAUUACAUGGUUACAGGUUAUCAGCCUCAUGCCUUGGCCACUUUACCCAAGGGAAAGGUUGAUUACCAUAAAGUCACUAAAUUAUUCUCUCAUAACUCUUGUUAGCUUCUCUAUAUAAAUUUGAAGGAAAAUAGGCAUAACAAGUUGUUCCCUGAACUUCUGGAUUUCUUCACUUUAAUUCAUAUCAAAUACAUUAAUAUUUUGUAUGUCUAUUUUUGCCAUAUAAUUUUUCAUGAUAAAAAUCAAUGUAAAAGUCCUUGAUAUAUUCAGGGAAAAAAUUCCAUCCACAGGUGAACUGUUCCAUCAGUAACAGUGAAAGGGACAAUAUAUUCUUUUGUGUGUUUCAGGUUUUGUUACAGAGUUGUGACAUCUUUCAGGACCGAAAUGCAAUCUCUUUCCUUCGUGUAUUUUACACAUUUGUUUUAUCUGUAAGGCGAUGGUUAAAGAAUAAAGACAGUGAAGUGAAAAUGUGCCAUGAGAUUAAUGGGAAAGAAACAGAAAAAUUGGAAUUUGUUCCAAAAAUUAUGAAAACUUCACAGACUACUGUUGAUGAAAUCAUUAAUUAUCACUCUUGUAAAAGACAGUCAGAAAAUUUCAAGAAUAAUGUUGAAGUUGAUGUUGAAGACACUGAUAGUGGAGCAUAUAAUGAAAGUGAUGAAAAAAACUGUGAUGGAGAGAAGAAGUUGCCACUGUUUGUGGAAAUGACAGUUUCUGUACUUAAGAGAUGUAUACAUUUCCUGCCAAGCAAAAAUAGGGAACAAAAGCUGCUUGUGCUAGCCAUAUUACAAGAAGGCUUGCUGAUCUUGGAGGCAUGGGAGAAUGAAUUAUUGCCAAUAGUACAUGCAAUCUGGUCACCAUUUGUCAAUAGAUUUGCUGAGACAACUGACCAUCUUUUGGUGAACCGUAGCUUUGGUCUCCUUUGUGUACUUGCACAGACAGCUAAAGAUUUCAUACGUUCACGCACAUUGAAGCAUGUGUUACUGCCUCUGUGUCAGGUAUUAACUAAGUCUUCAAUAGAAAGCAAGAAGAAGGACAGGGUAUCUUCAUACAGGUUCACUCAGCUCUUCAAACUACAGAAGGAACUGUUAAGUAACAUGGGAGACUUGGUCGUGCACCUGAACUUACAAGAGCGUGAAAUUGAACAAGUAUUGACAGCAGCAGCACCAUAUCUUAGUAGCCUACAGCCACUUCCACUUCAGGAGUCCUGUGUGAACCUGUUCUACAAACUGUCAGGUGUAAAUCAAGGUGCAGUUUGGCUGAAACUACUCUGUAUGUGGAGUCCCAUCCAGCAAUUAAAUCUACCUGCUGAUGGUUUGCAGACAGUCAAGGUCACAGAAAGAAACGUCGAUCAUCAGGAAUUCAAGAAAAAUGUUGAAGAAAUUCUGCACUUUCUGGAUAUUAGAUCUUAGAGUGAUAGUUAUUUUUACAUAGACUGUUCAGUAGAAACAGCUUCAAUGAAUAUUCAGAAAGAGCUCAUGGAGUAAUGUCUGUUUUUUCAUUGCAACCAAGUGCAAGUAUCUUCAUAUAUACUGUCACCAUAUUUUAAGUUCUUAAACAUAAUUUGUUGUGAUGCAGUUGCUAAUAAAUUUCAGAAUGUGUGUACUUAUCAUUCUCUCAUUCAGUGUUACAUAAUCUGAGCUACUGAAAGCAUUGUUAAAUAAACAGUAAAUAAAAUAACAAAUAAGAAAGGGU